AAUUGCCAAAUCGCCGCUCAUCGCUCCCUCUCUCUUGAGUUCUCUUUUUAGCCAGCGAAACGAACGGGAACGGAGUCGCAAGCGGCGUUUCACUUCCAGUAUAAACUUGGCAUUUGCUGACGACGCUGACUGUUUGGAUUUUCUACAGAGAGUCUCGAGUUGUUACAGGCGUGACGUAACCAUGUGGCACGCCCACUACGCCUGGCUUUUAAGCCUGAUAUUCUGCGUUCUGUGCCUGAUGAGCCUUAAGGUGGCAACGGUAUCGGGGAUAGAGUGCUAUGUCUGCGACACAAGCGAUACGGAGCAUCCCUUUCAGUGCGGCGAAUGGUUCGAGCGGUACGACGAGCCCGACAUCCAGCCCCAAAAUUGUUCCAGUGUCCAUGGCGCCCAGUUCUGUGUGAAGCACGUGGGCCGUUUCGAGGGCGGAAUCGGAGCAAAGCGAUUUUGCAGUUCGAAGGACAUGGGAAACUAUUGUGACUAUGUGAGAAAUAAGGGAGAUCGGAUGGAUUAUCGCAGCUGCAUUUACACUUGUGAUACGGACGGUUGCAAUGCCGCUGGAAGGCUUAGCUUGGAAUGGGGCGUGGCAGCGGCACUACUCACUCUCACUUGGGUCAUACGGCGCUAGCAAACAGAGAGAGAACGAGAACGAGAUACAAGCCGCAUCACUACUUUAUUAUUUUUUUUAUUAAUUGUAAGUUGUAACAAAGUAACUGACACAUUUAUCAAUCUCAAAAAAACAAAACAAAACCAAAAAUAUAUAAACAAAAACCAAGAAAA